AUUUAAACACGACGGCAGCGAUGGAUCCACCGCACAGAGGAGAGGCCUGCAGCCCUAAUAACGGCCUUUAUUCACAGCAUCUGCUGGGUUUAAUCUGUAAAAAUGUAAGAAUAAAUAAAUAAAAAGCGUACAAUAAUUUAUUUAUACCACGAGUGUGUUUGUGUUUAUUCUGACGCGCAUGCGUGUUGGGAAUCUUUUCUCCUCCAAACUGAUGAAAACUCGUUCAAAGUGUUUCUGUACUUUCUUUUUUCGAUCCCGGUCUAAAGGCCAACUCCGGGUUGGAUUGGACUCUUUUUAUUUAUUAUUGGUCCUGUUUGAAAAAUGAUGCGUUCAGGCUUACUGUUCAUCAUGGGGGGGGGUUGGGAGGAGGCAGCAAGGUUUCGAUUUAGAGACGGUCAAUUUUCUGGAAACAAAGGACUUGGAUAUCUCCAUCAUCUUGCCUGUGUGUGUGUGUGUGUGUGUGUGUGUGUGUGUGUGUGUGUGUGUGUGUGUGUGUGUGUGUGUGUGUGUGUGUGUGUGUGUACGCGCACCUGAAGUCCUGAUAACAGUAAAGAAAGUGCACACUCCCUCUGAUAAAGAAACCCUCUCUGUUCUAUCCUCUGCAGUGGUUCUUGUUUUACAGAAUAUUUGAUGUUGCAGAUUUAUUUUGUAUUAAAGUGAAUUAAAUGUAGAAUCCGUUCAGUACAGAUGCUGGAAUGAAUCAUGAUUAUUUCUCUUCCUGCUGCCUGUGCGUAAAAGAGGUGAAGGCCUUUUAUGGUGUUUUCUGUGUUUUAAAGGAGUAGAAGAGAGACGUUGUGUUUGACAUGUUCGUGUGAUUUUAAACAGUAAAACGAAUCUGCGAAGCAGCUCGUGUGUGUGAGGGUGAGAAUCUAUUCAGGGGUGAAAACAAAACGCUUCUUUAUCUCGCAGCUCAAGGGCAAACGCAGCAGAACAGCGUGGAAGCUGCUGUGUGACUUGUUAUUCUGAAGAUGUUCAUUUGGAAAUAAUUCUGUUUCUUGAUGCAAAGCAGAGCCGCGCGCGAGGCUGAGGCUCAAUUAACAUGCGAGGAGAGUUUAAAUGUGCGCGUGGUGGAGUAAAAAAAGGUGCUGGAUUCUCGUCCCCUAAUGCAAAGGUCUGCUGGUGAUUUAGGAGAGCGUGUAACCUGAAUUAGUUGAUGAAUUUUCUAUCGAUCCUAAACAAGCCAGAUUUAUCUCUGACACGCGCGGAGCUGCUGGGUGGCCGCGCGCCCACUCCCGUUAUUAGCCAUUUGGAAAGAACAGAGAAGAAGAAAAAAAAAAAGGAGAGAAGCUCUGGCAAGCCCGUCUGUACACACACCCAAAUAUACACACACUCCCAAAUACACACACAGAGGGAGGUGCAGGCGCCACUUUAAAUCCCCGCGAGCGCUUUCUUUUUUCUGUUUGCUUUCUUUUUUUUUUUUCCUGAGAAGCUGCAGCCAGACGCGGAACAGGGGGAAAGGGUUCGUUUGACUUGUCAUCUGGACUGUACUCUACAGCUCGUGCGUGUCCGUGCGCGCGCAACGCUACGUGUUAUUGUUGUGAUUCUCUGAAAACAUGAGAGAGUGGGGCGCGAGAGGGGAAAGUACUGAGGCCAUAUGAUGAUGCGCGUGCGGGGGCCGUAUAUGCUUAAUCCCAUUUCCUUAUCCGGGGUCCGUCCUAGAGGCGCGCCAUUGGCCGGCUGCCGUCACGUGGCUUCUUAACUUUGUUCACUUGACAGAAAAGUAGGAGGGUUCAACGGAACAGGAAUAAGCGAAGAGUAAAGGGAUGAGAUAUAAAUUUUAGUUAUAUAUUUUCAGAGUAGGUGCAAUUCCACAAAAAGAGUGAAAUUAAUGGCCAUGAGCUCCUAUUUGAUCAACUCCAACUAUGUGGACCCCAAGUUCCCCCCGUGCGAGGAGUACUCUCACAGCGACUAUCUGCCCAACCACUCUCCGGACUACUACAGCUCCCAGCGGCAGGAGCCCGCCGCCUUCCAGCCGGACUCUCUCUACCAUCACCACCGAGCCGAGCCGCCCUACACGCCGUGUCAGCGUGGUGGGCAGCCCGCCUCGGUGGUGAUGUCCCCGCGGGGUCACGUUCUCCCCCCGGCCGGGAUUCAGACCACCCCCGUCCCGGAGCAGAGUCACCGCUGCGACUCGGUGACACCCAGCCCGCCUCCCCCUCCAUCCUGCGGACAAACACCCCACAGCCAAAGCACUUCGUCCCCCUCCAGCACCCGUAAGGACCCGGUGGUGUACCCGUGGAUGAAGAAAGUCCAUGUAAACAUCGUGAACCCAAACUACACGGGGGGAGAGCCGAAGCGCUCGCGGACGGCCUACACGCGCCAGCAGGUUCUGGAGCUGGAGAAGGAGUUCCACUACAACCGGUACCUGACGCGCAGGCGCAGAGUGGAGAUCGCGCACACGCUGGUGCUGUCGGAGCGGCAGAUCAAGAUCUGGUUCCAGAACCGGAGGAUGAAGUGGAAGAAGGACCACAAGCUUCCCAACACCAAGGUCCGCUCCGCCUCCAACAGCAGCAACACAAACUCCCAGAGCCACACCGGGCCCCUAUAGCCCGGUAACAGCCCGGUAACAGCCCGGUAACAGCCCGGUAACAGCCCGGUAACAGCCCGGUUCUCUGGCUCUUUGGCUCACUUUGUGUCCCUCCCUGAAACUGAACGUCGACGCUUGUAACCACCGGAGCCCGAACUUUGGACCGGAUUAAAGGCUUUGCUGUGGAGGGAGGGAUGCUCGGCCCUGAUCUAUGCUGAUGAUAUACACACUAUAAUAAUAUGACGUGAUGACGUGGGAGGGGUGGAGGGGUGGAGGGGGAGAAUCUCCCAUUCAUAAAAAUAUGAAACGAACAAAAGAAGGAGACUGAAAGAAAACACCGCUACAGCUUCUUUGCUUCUAUCGUCAAAUCUCUCUCUCUCUCUCUCUCUCUCUCUCUGCCUUUUAUAUCUCUCUCUUUUUAUACCUCUCUCUCUCUCUCUCUCUCUCUCUCUCUCUCUCUCUUUAUGCAGGCUGAGGAUUAUGUGCCCGCUCUUCUCUCUGAGUUUUUAUUUCGUUGAAGAUGGAUCCUCGUUUUCAUCUUUAAUCAUGCCAAACUCUGCUCCCAUUUGUCAUGUUUACUCUGCGGGUACAAAGCAAAGGGGUGAACCGCGGUUCUGCCCAUUACCACCACCCCCCCCCCCCC